UAUUUCUUAUUGACGCAUAUACUCUGCAUUACAUAACUAAAUUGACAGUAAAAUUACAAAUGCUACUCAGAAUAAUAACAUCUUUAUGUUUAUUAAAAUUAACAACAGCAAAACCCUCACUACACAUGGACGGUUUCAUAGUAGGAGGCAAUUAUUCCAUCAUAGAAGAUUUUCCACAUGUGGCAUUUCUUCAUAUAAAAUGUAAAAAAAUUGGUGCUACUUAUUGUGGCGCUUCUAUAGUAAAUCAAGUGUUACUUUUGACAGCUGCACAUUGUCUCCAUACAUGUACAGAUAAACAUAAUUUUUACAUAAGGGCUUAUACAGGAAGCGUUAAAAAGUAUAAAGGAAAAGAAAACAAAGUUGUCGGUUUUCAAGUUCAUGAACAGUACAUCCACAAGAAUUUCACCAACGAUAUAGCUAUGUUGAUACUUGAAGAGAACCUGAAGUUUGGAAAAGGUGUGCAGAAGAUUAGCUUAAUAAAACAGUUGCCUGGAUACAAAAUAGCUGAGAUUGCGGGUUGGGGAUGGAUAGACGACCAGAACACAAAGACAGAUCUUCUAAAGUUUACCAGCCAAGAGAUUAUAAGCAAUGAGGAGUGUUUAAAAAUACUGCCAGGAAUACCCCCCGGGACCAUCUGCGGAUACAAUCCGGAUGGGAGUCAUCCUCAACGAGGUGACUCCGGCAGCGCGCUUGUGAUUAACAAACAUGUACAGAUUGGUAUCGCAUCCUUUUUCAAAAGGAACUUUUCCAAUACAACUCUUAUUUACACCAACGCCACUUACUUCUACGACUGGAUAAAGAAAACUGCAAAAAGUAUGUUCUGUCAAUUUAAAAACAAUGAGAAAUUUCCGGAUAACUGUAUUUGUAACUGUGAUUGUAACUGCAACAAGACUAUUAAUGAAAAUAAGAAGGCAAGAUAUGGAUAACAAUGA